UGUAAUGUAAAUAAAAUAAUUAAAGUAAUUGAAACAUUCGCAUUUAGUGAAUGAAAUUGCGCACUAAUUGUUAGAACGUGAAUUAUACAUUAUACGAUGUCAUAUGAUUAUUUACAUUUGUCGUAUAUUUAUAUAUCCACAGGUUUAGAUGUACGUAUAUGACAUACGUUUAAAAGAAGAGACUCUGUAAUUCAGUUCUACUAACCUAAAGGCUUAUGAUAAUUAUGAUAAAGAGGUAGUCGCUUGUUGCGCGACAUAUGGGUUUACGAUCAAGGAAAUGAAAAUCUUUUAAAUAGUGUUGUUUCGAAUCGGAGCAGUUCGCAGUAAAAGUUCACUCAUCGUUGUAUUCGCAUCGAACGUAUCAUUUUCCUAGUCAGUUCAAUCCAGAGAGAAGAUGACAUCAGACAGAAGUGACACGUAUAUGAAUAAUACAUUGGAUCCACCUGAAUCGGAAAUGCGGAAGUCCGAUGCAAAAAGCGAGAUCGCCGAAUUUUACACUGGCACGAACAUUUUGAUAACAGGAGGGACAGGUUUUUUGGGGACAUUACUCAUCGAGAAAUUACUGAGAUCUUGCCCGGGCAUUACGACGAUAUACAUGUUGAUAAGACCGAAAAAAGGGAAAGCAUCAAAAGAUCGAUUUGAAGAAAUCUUUAAUGAUGUUAUAUAUGAAAGAUUGAAGCAAGAACAGCCGAAUUUCUUAAAUAAGAUAGUAAUGAUAGAGGGUGAUGCAGCUAAAGAAGACUUUGGUUUAACACCAGAAACUAAAACCAUGCUGACAAAUACCAAUAUUAUUUUUCACGUUGCGGCAACUGUUCGAUUUAAUGAGAAAAUACGUUUGGCAGUGCAUACCAAUGUAAGAGUUACAAAAAAUUUGUUAGUAUGGGCGAAACAACUAUCAAACAUAAAGUUUGAAAAAAAUAUAAUUACUAUAAAAUCUCUAACAAAAUCAGAGCAAGAAUUAGAUCUAUCCCCUGAAGAAAAGGUACCCAUUUAUAAUAUUGUAUCAACAUGUCAAAAUCCAAUUACUUGGAAUAGGUUUAUGAAACUGAAUGAAAAUUUUGGUUACGAGGUUCCUACUAUAAAAAUGUAUUGGUAUUAUAUGUUUAUCUUCAACAGAUAUUUGCUUUUACAUGAACUUUCAAUUUUCUUUUUUCAUAUAGUACCAGCAUUUAUUGUAGAUACACUUGCACGUCUCAUUGGUCGUCCUCCUGUAUUAUUAGAUACCUACAAGAAAAUACAUAAAGCUAUGGACGCGCUACAAUUUUUCCUGGGAAGGCAAUGGAUAUUUGAGAAUGAAAACGUUGUAAAGCUUUGGAAAAAAUUAAAUUCUGUUGAUCAGAAAACCUUUAACUUUAAUAUGGAGAAUCUAGAUUGGGAAAUAUAUUUUUACCAUUAUAUUAGAGGUGUCCGUUUUUAUAUACUGAAAGACACAUUUGAUACUAUUAAGGAGGCUCGGAUCAAACUUACGAGACUAUUUAUAGCGCAUUACUCGAUAAUAAUAGUGGUGUCGUUGUUGCUGCUAUGGACUACUGUAUCUUUCGUAAAUUUCCUUUGGUCUUAUUGUCCUUUAUCGCAUUAAUGUCAAUUUACAAUUAAUGACAUUAAUUCUUUCCUUCAAGCUGAUCAAUUAUUUGAAAUGUAACUACUUCUCCCCGCAAUGUGUAUUCCUCUUACUUAAAACAUCCGUUUGCGAGUAAUUACAUCACAAUCUUCUAUACCUGCAAG